UUAAAGAAACAUCUGACUCCAUCACUUCCUCUUGGUAUUGCAUUGUGCACUAUCAUGUAACAUAAAUGGGUAUAAAGUGUUAGAUGUAUUGAAACUAGGUUAAGGUUCAUAAAUUGUGUUUGGUUGUAGGUGUUGAUCUUGGUGGGUGUCUGUGUAGUUUGUAGUUUGGUCGUGGUUGUUUGUCCAGUGGAUAUCCCAUCACCCAUCUGCGUGACCACCGUGACUGAGACUGCAUGCUCUGGUGCUGAAAGGAACAGAUAACCACAAUGGGGAUAAGUUUAUUUGUACACAAAAAGACUGAAAGAAACAGACCACCCAGUUAGACAGCGACUACUAACAGUCUCUUUUUCUCACAUACUUGCAGGCUUUCCCAAAAUGCUUAAAAGGAGUACUUCCUAAAGAUUUUCCUCUUUGCCUUCAACGAUUUAUAGCAUUCCAGCACUUGUGUGUCUCUUAAAUUACAGGUCCCUGGUUUCCUGGUGACGAUGGAUUCAGAGCCUGAGGAAGAUGCUCUGUGUGAUUUAUAACUGUUCCAGCGUAUUGUUUUUAGGCCCAAUCCGAGUCAUUUAGUGUCAGUGAUGGAAUAAUUGCGCGUUCAGUGUCUUCAAAGCUUUGUUUUGGGGUGUAAUUAAAUAUUUCAUAGUGACAUCUCUUUGGUGUUUCACCUUGCUGUCUUUGAAUCCAUAAAAUAAUGUGUGCAUUUAUGAUAUUGUCACUGUUCAUUUCAGCCUCCCUUUUCACUUUAUUAUGAUUCAAGACUUUUGGCACAUUAAGCUCAUUGGGAUCCGUGGUAGUUCCCCCCACAUGACUUGAUAAUAUUUUUUUAUAUAUAAUAAAUUGCUCCCUGGAGACACAUAAUGUUUAUUGAAUUGUUUGGUGCUAUGAUGCAUUGCACAUGUUAAGUAGAAAUGAAAUAAUAAAAAUCCCUAAAUGCCCCAGGUCCUUUUUGAAUGCCUGUCAUCUACUAAUACGAAACAUGUGUCCUCCAUUUUGUCAGUGUGAUAACUAAUCAGAUGUCGUGGCCUUUGCCCCCUCUCGCCGCAGUGUCCGCGCUCGGACCACCAGACCUGGCUCAGGAGAUGUGGCAGCAGUUGUUUUUCAAAGGGAUCAGAUGUCAACUAGCAGAUCAUAUAUCAGGCCCACCUCGCUGGCUCUGGGUAGCUUCCAGCCCGGUUUUCUAUGCCUGCUCAAGAUGAGGUUCAAGAUGUGCCAAACUGAAUCAAACACAAUGAAGAUUAAACAGGGGAAAGCUGUGGGACAGAAAGCGCCACUGUGGAUUCGGGCGACGUUCCAGGCUUUUCUCUUUUCUCUGGGCUGUCACAUCCAGCGACACUGUGGAAAAGUCCUUUUCAUUGGACUUCUUGUGUUCGGAGCCCUGUCUGUUGGUUUGCGGGUCGCUGCCAUUGAAACGGACAUUGAGAAACUAUGGGUGGAAGCUGGCAGUCGGGUGAGCAAGGAGCUACGUUACACAAAAGAGAAGCAGGGAGAGGAGUCAGUGUUCACCUCACAAAUGCUCAUACAGAUACCCAAACAGGAAGGGACCAAUAUUCUUACACAAGAGGCUUUGCUGCUUCACCUGGAAGCUGCUCUGUCGGCCAGCAAAGUUCAAGUAUCUCUUUAUGGAAAAUCUUGGGAUCUUAAUAAAAUUUGCUUCAAAUCCGGAGUCCCAAUUAUAGAAAAUGUCAUGAUUGAGAGGAUGAUUGACAAGCUUUUCCCCUGUAUGAUCGUGACUCCUUUGGACUGCUUUUGGGAAGGCUCCAAGCUGCAGGGAGGCUCUGCCUAUUUACCGGGCAUGCCAGACAUUCAGUGGAUGAAUCUGGACCCCCUCAAGCUAAUGGAGGAGUUGAGCCAGUUUACAUCUCUAGAGAGCUUCCGGGAGAUGCUAGAUAAGGCUCAGGUGGGCCAUGCCUAUAUGAACCGGCCAUGCUUGGAUCCCAACGACACAGAUUGCCCUCAUAGUGCCCCUAAUAAGGACCCACGGCAGGUGCCUGACAUUGCUGCUGAACUUCAGAGUGGUUGCCAUGGUUUCUCCAAGAAGUUCAUGCACUGGCAGGAGGAGUUGAUCCUGGGUGAAAGAGUAAAGGACUCCCAGAAUGCCUUGCAGAGUGCGGAGGCCCUUCAGACCAUGUUUCUCCUCAUGAGUCCCAAACAGCUAUAUGAGCACUUUAAAGAUGACUAUGAGAUCCAUGACAUCAACUGGAAUGAGGACAAGGCAACUGCCAUCCUGGAGUCCUGGCAGAGGAAGUUCGUUGAGGCUGUCCAUGGGAGCAUUCCUCAGAACUCUUCCUCCAAUGUUUACGCCUUCUCUACCACCACUCUUAAUGACAUCAUGAAGUCUUUCUCUGAUGUUAGUGUAAUCAGGGUGGCAGGUGGUUAUCUGCUCAUGCUGGCAUACGCAUGCGUGACCAUGCUGCGAUGGGACUGUGCUAAGUCUCAGGGUGCUGUAGGGCUGGCAGGAGUGCUUCUAGUUGCUCUAUCUGUGGCUGCAGGACUUGGACUGUGCUCACUGCUGGGGCUGUCCUUUAAUGCUGCCACCACGCAGGUGCUGCCAUUCCUGGCCUUGGGCAUUGGAGUUGAUGACAUGUUUUUGCUGGCUCAUUCCUUCACUGAGACCAGAUCCAACAUCCCGUUCAAGGAGAGGACAGGUGACUGCCUAAGAAGAACCGGCACCAGUGUGGCUCUCACCUCCAUCAAUAACAUGAUUGCUUUUUUCAUGGCUGCCCUAGUGCCUAUUCCUGCUCUCCGGGCCUUCUCACUUCAGGCGGCUAUUGUGGUGGUCUUUAACUUUGCCAUGGUUUUGCUGAUCUUCCCUGCCAUUCUGAGCUUGGACCUGCACAGGCGUGAGGACAAAAGACUGGACAUCCUGUGCUGUUUCUACAGUCCCUGUUCGUCUCGUGUGAUCCAGAUCCGGCCUCAGGAGUUCUCAGAUGCUAACGACAACCACCAGCAUGCUCCUUCCACCCCCACCUAUACUGGCUCCACUAUAACCACCAGCACCCACAUCACCACCACUGUGCAGGCAUUCACCCAGUGUGAUGCAGCUGGUCAGCAUAUUGUAACCAUUCUGCCACCCACUUCCCAGAUAUCCACCAGUCCUCCAUCCAUGGUCCUAUCCACACCCACUCCCACCACUGACCCUUAUAGUUCCCAGCUGUUCACCACCUCCAGCUCCACCCGAGACCUUCUAGCCCAGGUGGAGGAGCCCAAAGAAGACCGUGAGUGUGUGCCUCUGCCCUUCUUUCGCUGGAAUUUGUCAAGCUUUGCACGGGAAAAGUAUGCCCCUCUGUUGCUGAAGCCCGAAACUAAGACUGUGGUGGUCGUCGUUUUCGUGGCUCUUCUGAGCCUCAGCCUCUAUGGUACUACAAUGGUUCAUGAUGGACUCUACUUGACUGAUAUUGUCCCCAGAGACACAAAGGAGUAUGACUUUAUCACUGCCCAGUUUAAAUACUUUUCCUUCUAUAACAUGUACCUGGUUACCAUGGAUGGCUUUGACUAUGCCCGUUCUCAAAGACAGCUUCUACAGCUUCACAAUGCCUUCAACUCCGUAAAAUAUGUCGUUAAGGACAGCAAUCACAAGCUUCCCAGAAUGUGGCUACACUACUUCCAGGAUUGGCUCAAAGGUCUGCAGGCUACAUUUGAUGCUGACUGGGAAGCUGGCAGAAUCACCUAUGACAGCUAUCGCAAUGGCACAGAGGAUGGAGCACUGGCAUACAAGCUUCUCAUACAAACUGGCUCUAAAAAAGACCCUUUCAACUACAGCCAGCUCACAUCUCGUCGCCUGGUGGAUGAGGAUGGUCUGAUUCCACCAGAGGUUUUUUACAUCUACCUGACAGUAUGGGUCAGUAAUGAUCCGCUAGGCUAUGCUGCCUCCCAAGCCAACUUUUACCCCCAUCCUCGGGAGUGGAUCCAUGAUAAGUACGACACCACUGGGGAGAACCUUCGCAUCCCUGCAGCAGAGCCUCUAGAGUUCGCUCAGUUUCCUUUCUACCUGAACGGCCUCAGACAAGCCUCAGACUUCAUUGAAGCUAUUGAGAGUGUGCGCACAAUCUGCGAGGAAUUUAUGCGUCAGGGAAUCCAGAACUAUCCCAACGGCUACCCCUUUUUGUUUUGGGAACAGUACAUUGGUCUGCGCCACUGGUUCUUGCUGUCCAUCAGCUUAGUGCUUGCCUGCACCUUCCUGGUGUGCGCCAUCCUCCUGCUUAACCCCUGGACUGCAGGCGUCAUUGUUUUUAUUUUGGCCAUGAUGACAGUGGAACUUUUUGGCAUCAUGGGCCUAAUUGGUAUCAAACUGAGUGCCAUUCCUGUUGUCAUCCUUAUAGCCUCCGUUGGUAUUGGGGUGGAGUUUACUGUGCACAUCGCACUGGGUUUCCUGACUGCCAUUGGGGAUAGGAACACUCGUUCAGCCGUGGCUAUGGAGCAUAUGUUCGCUCCUGUGAUUGACGGUGCCAUCUCUACUUUGUUGGGAGUGCUCAUGCUUGCCGGAUCUGAGUUUGACUUUAUCAUGAGAUACUUCUUUGCAGUGUUGGCCAUACUGACAUUGUUGGGGAUCCUGAAUGGUUUGGUGCUACUUCCGGUACUGCUUUCGCUCAUGGGCCCCCCGGCUGAGGUCAUACCCGCUAACAAUGCCAGUCAUUUGCAAAGUCCCUCACCUGAGCCCAUGCCUCCUCCUAUGAACCACCAUGGGUAUUACGCUGGGCAUAUCCCCAAGGGACCACGUCAGGCAUUUUCUGAGAAUUCUGAUUCCGAAUACUAUUCUGAAACUACAACCACCUCUGGCAUCGGCGAGGAGGAGUACAAGUACUGUGACAAGAGCGCAUACAUCACGUCUCUAGCUCAACCUCCAACCUCUCAUAUACUGCUUGAAGCCAGCAAGAACCCCAGCUUCCCUAAGCUCACAGUGGUAAAACCUUUUAAUGAAAACAACUCUAAGGGACAGAACAUCGAGUUCAAGGAGAACGCGGUCAACUCGGUCAGUUCACAGAUCACACGGUGGGACAACAAACACGAGUUCCAAGGGCAGAGUCGACAACAUUUACCUAGCGACAGGACUCACUGUCCUCGAAGGACUACUCAGUGUGGCCUAGGGCCACAACCAGGGAGAGGGCAGCAACAAAACAGGACUACAGCCCCAGCACACAGCCCUGGGGCAUUGCAGCAUCCUAACAAUGCAAUCACCAUGGUUACAGCAACAGCCUCUGUGACAGUGGCAGUGCACCCCAGUUUGCCAGGGUCAUACCAGGGUUACAUGCAUGAAGAGUUUGAGGAUAAUGAGUCCGACUCUUUUGACAACUCUAAGAGGAUUUCUCAAACGUAUGGGAAAUCUACACAUUAUAAGAGGGACUCUUUGGAACUUCAAGAUCUAGAAUCCACAGAGAAAAACCAGCAUCAAGCUGACCAGGCGCUAGGUGGUGCAUGGAUCCAAGCAGCCAAAGAUUGCUAGACUGCUCCCAACCCCUACAUCCCUUUGUCUGGAAUCUCUGGCUGUUUAGGGAAGUUCCCAGCCCUAGCCCGGUGUCUUUUAUCUCUUUGAACUGUACAUAGACCUCACACAGACAAGAGAAUUUAUCUUUAAAUUAUUAAAAAGGUC